CACCACUUUGUUUACAGUUUCGUGUACGAUUUGGACGCGGCGUGAUAUUAAAAAGGCUGAAUUAUCAGUGCUCGAUAUCAGUUCAGCGAUUAUCGCCAGAGUCGAAUCCAUGCCGGAGGGCAUGAAUUACUUUUACGGCGGUCUGAUACUCAGCGUCGCAUUAUGUCUCAUACCAUCGAUAAAACGGCUGAGUGAUCACAUUGGAUCAGAUAACAUCGGUAAUGCGUCCGUUAGUCUUUUGCCAAGUGAUAUGAUUCAGGUGAACUUUGAAACCUACACGGAUGUCUUGUGCAGAAUAAUUGGUAUCGCAUUCGGGAGCACUUUUUGGGAACGAACAGUGGUGCUAAUUUCAACGUUCGAACGAUUUAUGCUUGAUCUGUAG